AUGUCAGUACCUAUCAAGGUUUGGCGAAAUGGUGAGACUCGUUAUAAUACAGACAUCUAUGCCUAUGGUGUAUUGUUGUGGGAGAUGUUUGAAAUUCCCUAUCAUUCUCCGUAUGCUGCAUGGAAAGCCUACACCGUCAAGCAAAAGGUGAUGGGAGGUUACCGAAUGCCUCCACCUCCAGCUAUGCCUGAGGAAGUGGUAGCGAUUAUGGAGUUGGCAUGGAAUCACGAUCCCGAGAAGCGGCCUGAUGCAACGAAUUUGCGCAAACUUCUUGAGGAAGUCAACAAGAAGUAUAGUGAUGAAGAAAGGAAUGACGCAAGGUGUCGAGCAUAA